GGCCGGGGCGCACUGGGCCAGGCUGGGCGCCGAGCAGGUGAGGUAGCUCUGCGUUCAGGGCCAUCCCACGACCAGCUAACCUCGUCCUGGUCCGCAGCCCGCGAUGAGGCCCGCAGCUCCGGGCCGCGCCCCGCCCUGAGCGCCCCGCGACGGCCAUGCUGCCCCGAGGGCGCUCCCGGGCGCUGGGGGCCGCCGUGCUGCUCCUCGGGCUGCUCCUCCUGGUCGGGCUCUUUCUGCUUGGUGGGGACCCGUGGGCUGAGGACGUGGGGGGCUCCUGCUGCCAUCCCACGCCGCCUGAACUCCCAGACGGGCGGCCUUCUAGGCCCGCCUCGCGCGAUGGAGCCUCUCGCCCGCCCAGGUGCCAGCUGCUGCACGUGGCCAUCGUGUGCGCAGGACUCAACUCCAGCCGAGAGGUCGUCACCCUGGUGAAGUCCAUGCUCUUCUACAGGAAAAACCCGCUGCACCUGCACCUGGUGACCGAUGCAGUGGCCAGGAGCAUCCUGGAGAUGCUCUUCCGCACGUGGAUGGUGCCAGCCCUCGGGGUCAGCUUCUACGAUGCCGACCAGCUCAAGCCCCACAUCUCCUGGAUCCCCAACAAGCACUACUCUGGCCUCUAUGGGCUAAUGAAGCUAGUGCUGCUCAGCGUCCUGCCCCCUGGCCUGGCCCAAGUCAUUGUCCUGGACACAGAUGUCACCUUUGCUGCCGACAUCGCAGAGCUCUGGGCACUCUUUGCUGACUUCUCCGACAAGCAGGUGAUCGGGCUCGUGGAGAACCAGAGCGACUGGUACCUGGGCAACCUCUGGAAGAACCACAGGCCCUGGCCUGCCUUGGGUCGGGGAUUUAACACAGGUGUGAUCUUGCUGUGGCUGGACCGCCUCCGGCACGAGGGCUGGGAGCAGAUGUGGCAGCUGACGGCUAGGCGGGAGCUCCUCACCCAGCCUGCCACCUCCCUGGCGGACCAGGACAUCUUCAAUGCCGUCAUCAAGGAGCACCCGGGGCUGGUACAGUCCCUGCCCUGUGUCUGGAAUGUUCAGCUCUCAGACCACACGCUGGCCGAGCGUUGCUACUUGGAGGCGGCCGACCUCAAGGUGAUCCACUGGAACUCACCAAAGAAGCUUCAGGUGAAAAACAAAGAUGCAGAAUUCUUCCGAAACUUGUAUCUGACCUUCCUGGGGUAUGACGGAAAUCUACUGCGGAGAGAGCUCUUCGGGUGCCCCAGCCAGCCCCCAACUGGGGCUGAGGAGCUGCAGCACAGCCUGGCCCAACUCGAUGAAGAAGAUACCUGCUUUGAGUUCCGGCAGCAGCAGCUCACCAUGCACCGCGUGCACAUCACCUUCCUGCCCCACAAGCCACCACCUCCCCAGCCUCACGAUGUCACCCUGGUGGCCCAGCUUUCCAUGGACCGGCUGCAGAUGCUCGAAGCCCUGUGCAGGCACUGGCCGGGCCCCAUGAGCCUGGCCUUGUACCUCACAGACGCAGAGGCCCAGCAGUUCCUGCAUUUCGUCGAGGCCUCGCCGGUGCUGUCUGCCCGGCAGGAUGUGGCCUACCACGUGGUGUACCGAGAGGGACCGCUGUACCCUGUCAACCAGCUCCGCAAUGUGGCCUUGGCCCAGGCGCUGACGCCUUAUGUCUUCCUCAGUGAUAUUGACUUUCUACCUGCCCACUCCCUCUAUGACUACCUCAGGUGGGCCGGGAGGAACGCGUGGCUGCUGCUCUGUGGGGCUGGGUCCUCCGCACCGGGGGCUGUGUCAGGCUCUCUCUGGGCUGCUGAGAGCUGGGGCAGCUGGGAUGGCUUCAAACAAAAACAAAAACAAAAUCCCAGAACUCCACUGUGCCUUGCUGCACUGGAUGCGCCAAGGGUGGCUGUCCUUCGAAAGGAGGUUCGGGACCAACCCCAAAGGCAGAGUCCCUGCUCUGGCCUCCUGUCACUGUACUCCCCCUCAGGGCCUCCAUUGAGCAGCUGGGGCUGGGCGGCCUGCGCAAGGCAGCUCUGGUGGUGCCGGCAUUCGAGACCCUACGCUACCGCUUCAGCUUCCCCAGGUCCAAGGCUGAGCUGCUGGACUUGCUGGAUGCUGGUGCCCUCUACACCUUCAGUGGGCGGCCGACUACGAGCCCUAUGUGGUGGUGCCACGCGACUGUCCCCGCUACGACCCUCGCUUUGUGGGCUUCGGCUGGAACAAGGUGGCCCAUACCGUGGAGCUGGAUGCACAGGAGUACGAGCUCCUGGUGCUGCCCGAGGCCUUCGCCAUCCACUUGCCACACACGCCAAGCCUAGACAUCUCCCGCUUCCGCUCCAGCCCCACCUAUCGUGGCUGCCUGCAGGCCCUCAAGGAGGAGUUCCACCAGGACCUGUCCCGCCGCUAUGGGGCAGCUGCCCUCAAAUACCUCACUGCCCUGCAACAGCCCCACAGCCCGGCCUGAGCCUCCCCGGGCUGGGCUGGACCUGUGCCACCUCUGUCCUGGCCUCGGCUCACACACUGCCCUCCCACCACCGCAGCUAUUUAAGUUAUUUAAGGUCUCUGUGGGUGGGCCUGGGGCCUCCCCCUGCUGCUGUGCCACAGCCGGGAUCAAGCCUCCCUUUGCCCCAGCUGGUUUGGGGCUGGCCUCCCCAUCCUCCACUGCACAUUCCUUUUUGAUAAUUAAAGUUGUAAAGUUAUUUUUAUAUCCCUCCAGGUUGGGGGAUCAAGGGCUCUCUAGGGUCAGAAGGCAUCAAGGGCCAGGGGAGGUGCCGCCCUUGCUGGAGCCCCGGGUCCCUCGUGGGCAGUGAGACCCAAGGAGGGCAGAGGCUGGAACUGGAGUGCAUCUUCCCCCCGCCCUACCCCGGACCCAACACCAUGAGGCUGAGAGACUUUAUUUGGCUUUAUUUAGUAAAAUGUUAAAAUAAAUAAAUACAAAUUGA